AUGCGUGUUGAUGGCCGGACAGAAGCUGGCCUGCGUCUAGACUCUCCAGCUGUGACUGCCGCCGAAUUCCAGUUCUGUUUAGAUGUGCAUGGGACGGAGGGCCGUGGAGCCGUGGACAGCCUCCAGAAGUUUUCCUCGUUGCCCGUGUACCUCCCCGCGACCUUCCACGUCGCGGACGCGGACGAGUCGUUUUUCCUGAAGGAGGCCAACCAGGACGUCACCAGGAACUCCAGCCUGCAGACCCGCGUGGAGUCCUUCCUCGCCUACCGGGCCCGGGCGGCGCCCGCGGUCAACGCCAGCUACGGCCCCUUCUCGGCCGAGGAGACCGUCCCCCGGGAGCUGCUGCUGACCUCCGCGGCCUUCGCGGACACGGACAAGUUCCCCUUCAACUGGAAGCUGAGGUCCCACAUCCUCGACAGCUCCAUCUACUCCAACCGCCCCAAGGUGCAGACGCUGUUUUACGUCACCGGCAUGGACUGGGGGGACAGCGAGCCCCCCGAAGACCUGCCCUGCGUCAGGAUGUUUGCCUUCCCGGAGGCCAGGGAGGUGGCGGCCAGCUGCCGCCUGCGAGGGGCCCCGGGGCUGUGCGUGGCCGAGCUGGAGCUGCUGCCCGAGUGGUUCAGCUCCGGGCUGGACCUGGAGCCCGAGGAGGAGGUGCCGGCGAUGCUGGGGGGCACGGCCAUGGAGCUGUUCUUCACGCUGCACCCGGCGGACUCGGCCGGCCAGUGUCCCCCGGAGGACGGCAAGUGGGCCAACAACAUCCACGCGGGCCCGGAGGGGCCCCCGCCCCCCGCGCCCGCCCGCGAGCGCAUCGGCAGUGUGGUGGUCUACCCGACGCAGGACGACCUCAAGUGGUCCCUGCUCAGCCUGGACCCCAACGUCGUCAUCUCCGUGCCUCUGAAUCUCGUCCGGGAAGGAGACACGGCCACCUUCGUGGUCUCGCUGACCAGCGGCUCCGGGGCCGACCGCUUCACUCUCAGAAUCAAGGCGGCGGCAGGGGUGAGGAUCGCCGCGGUGAGGGUCAGCCGCGAGGACCAGUGGGCCGUCCAGGAGGAAAUCGACAACAGCGGCGUCCAGGCGACCGCCACCCUCGCCUGCGCCGGCCGCGACCUGGACCGGCGGGGCAGAGUGAACGGCUCCCUCUCUGAGAUUCUGCAAGUGGACUUUGGAGUGGACAACAGCAGCGGCCUGGCCGGGGCGCAGCCGAUCACGUGGCAGGCGGAGUACCCAGCAGAGGACUCCGCGAGCGAGCUCGUGGUCUCCGAGAUCUUCGUGAGCCAGAGCAGCUUCGUGGGCAUCGUCCCCCUCGCCAUGGACACGGAGAUCCUGAACACGGCCGUCCUCACCGGGAAGGCCGUCUCCGUUCCCGUCAAGGUGGUGGCCGUGCAGGAGGACGGCUCCGUGGUGGACGUGUCCGAGGCCGUGGAGUGCAGGUCUGCCGACGAGGACGCCAUCAAGGUCUCCAACCGCUGCGACUCCGUGUUCGUGAACGGCAAGGAGAUGAAGGGCCGGCUGGACACAACCGUGAGCUUCACUCACCAGCACUUCAGCGCCCAGCUGGAGGUGACCGUGUGGGCGCCCCGGCUCCCGCUGCAGAUCGAGGUCUCGGACACGGAGCUGAGCCAGGUCAAGGGCUGGCGGGUCCCGGUGGCCCCCAGCAGGAGCGGGGAUCGUCCCCCGUCUCUUCGGAAACCCGCCGUCCUCUCGCCUCUCUCGGACUCCAUCCUGGCUGAGAAGACCGUGACGGUCCUGGAGGACCGCGUCACCAUCGCGGACCUGGGCGUGCAGCUGGUGGCCGGCCUGUCUCUUUCUCUGCAGCCUCACCGGGCCGACCGGCGGGCCCUCGUCGCCACGGCGGCCGCCCAGGACGUCCUCCAGGCCCCGCGGCAGGUCCUCUCGCCUCUCUCGGACUCCAUCCUGGCUGAGAAGACCGUGACGGUCCUGGAGGACCGCGUCACCAUCGCGGACCUGGGCGUGCAGCUGGUGGCCGGCCUGUCUCUUUCUCUGCAGCCUCACCGGGCCGACCGGCGGGCCCUCGUCGCCACGGCGGCCGCCCAGGACGUCCUCCAGGCCCCGCGGCAGGAGGCCAUCGUCAGCUCUUGGAUUCUGUUCAGCGACGGUUCGGUGACGCCCUUGGACAUUUACGACCCCAAGGACUUCUCCGUCUCGGUCUCCUCGCUGGAUGAGAUGGUGGCGUCUGUCCAGGCCAACCUUCAGCCCAAGUGGCCGGUCGUGGCUGCGGAGGGCGAGGGCCAGGGGCCCUUGAUCAAACUCGAGGUGAUGAUCAGCGAAGCUUGUCAGAAGACCAAGAGGAAGAGCGUCCUGGCCGUGGGCAAGGGAAACGUCAAGGUCAAGUUCGACCCAAGCCUUGACCUACGCCGAGGAGGCGCCAACGACAUCGAGGGCGCCAGCCGGGGGUACAGAGGCCACCUGAGCAACUCCGUGGAGCGCGAGGGAAGCCGCGAGAGGGCGGUUCAGGAGUGGCCCCAGCGCGGCGCCCCCGUGGGCCGAGGCGGAGGCGCGGACGCGAGCACAACCCCGCCGUCCCCCGCAGAGAGGAAGGACGGGAGACCACUCAGGGGCGGCGGCCCCGACGCCUUCACCAGCUCCCCGGCUCAGGGGGGGUCGCCCGGGCCCAGCCACCCCGGCGAGCUCGCGGCCGCCCCCCGGGGGCUCACCGACCUGGAGAUCGGCAUGUACGCGCUGCUCUGCGUCUUCUGCCUGGCCAUCCUGGUCUUCCUGAUCAACUGCGUGGCGUUCGCCUGGAAGUACCGGCACAAGAGGCUGGCGGGGAGCGAGCAGGGCGGCAUCCCGCACUCGCACGACUGGGUGUGGCUGGGGAACGAGGUGGAGCUGCUGGAGAACCCGGCGGACCUCACCCUGCCCUCGGAGGACUGCCCCGCGGCGCUGGACCCGGCCCUGCCCUUCGAGGAGAGGAACUUCCUGCUCAACGGCGGCUCCCGGGCCGCGUUCCGCGGCCAGCUGCUCCGGCCCCCGGACUACGUCUACGAGAAGGAAAUGAAAGACCGGCCUCUGACGCCCUCGGGCCCCAAGAGGAAGCGGGUGAAGUUCACGUCCUACACCACCAUCCUCCCCGAGGACGGCGGCCCCUACACCAACGCCAUCCUGUUCGACGGCGACGAGGGCAUCCAGUGGGUGUGCGAGGACGCGGGGCUGGCGGCCGAGCAGGACUUCAGGGACUACGUGGAGCGACUGCAGGACGCGAUGUGAACUCCUUUCUGACGUUUGUAGUCACCUUUAUGCCUUCUGUUUUUCGCAAAGUGGGGCGGUGAGGUCGACGAGCGAUGGGGGGG